GCUGUGUGGGUGUGCUGCACAUGAUCAGCCAUGCUUGCUAAGUCUGUCUGUUGGUUGUUGCUAUGGCUACAAAAAGCCAGUGGAACCCAAUGAGCUGUCUGCAGCAGAGCUGAGAGGACCAGCCAUUUUACUUAUGGAAAACAGUGUGGCAUAUUCUGCUGAGCUUCUCCCUGGAAGAAGCCUCUUUUAUACAUCUCUUCAGGGAAGAGAGAAGCAAUGGGCAUGUUAGUCUACAAUGAUCACAGCCACGCAGGCCUGCAAGCUGCCUUUUGGACAGGCUGUUGACUGCUGUUCCAAUUAGCUGAUUGGAGAAUGUGGAAUGCAGAGUGAUAAUGCUGCAUAUCUGCUAUCAGGCAGCAGCAAAGGUUUUUGUCUUGGGAAGGCAAGCUUUCCCUGCAAUAUUAUCUCAGCAGCUCCCUAGCUGCUUACCCUGAAAACGAGGGAUCCAAACGGAGGGUGUUGCCCUCUGCUAACGCUGGUCCUGUGCGUGGCUGUGGCAUGUGAGCGGCAGGUCUGAAAAAGCAGGUGUGUGCUGGGACAGGCACUGGACUGGAACGCAGGCGGACGCUCUCGGGUUUACCUGCUUCCUGUUAACAGAUUGUGGGCUCCCAGGGCAUAUGUCUGCACGCUGAGGCCGAGGCGGAGAAGGGGCUUCCUGAGCGUCCCAGUACACUGACAGAGAAUUUGGAUUUACCUGCUUAAUGGUGUUUUUCUUGGGCUGAUCUAAAAUGAGUCUUCACAUCACAUGGUAUUGAAGCUUUGCAAUCUGCAGGGUUAGUUAAGAAAGUAAAAUAACGACACUUGGAUUGGACUUAAUCUUAAACCUCUGGAGUUCAAGACCUUUUAAAAAGGGCUAAAUAAACAAUCUCUACAUGUAAAAGGCCACUGACUCCUGCUUCCUCUGUAUAGAGCAACUGUUGAACUCAGCUGCCUGAGAACUGAAGACUUUAAUAACAAACUCUCCAAGGUCAAAAUGAAUACAGAUAGCGGUGGGUGUGCUCGCAAACGUGCCGCCAUGUCUGUUACGCUAACAUCUGUGAAGAGAGUGCAAAGUUCUCCAAACCUAUUGGCUGCAGGGCGUGAUUCUCAGUCACCAGACUCAGCUUGGAGAUCUUACAAUGAUGGCAGUCAAGAGGCACUGAACGAAGAUGCUCCAUAUUCCUCUCUGGCAGCAAAAGGUUUUAGAAGCGUCCGACCAAACCUACAAGAGAAGAGAUCAGCAACUCAGGCACCCCCUCCACCAGAAAGAAAAGAGAGCUUUCAUAGCUCUUUGAUAACCAGGCACACAAAGGGUGUCAUUUUAGACCAGUUAGUAACUAACGCACAAAUUCCCUCCAGUAUGGAGUACUUUGCUAACAAAAAACCUCUUCAGGGAACUAUGUAUUCCAAUGAAGAUUCGAGACAGACAAUUGUAUAUUCUGAAGAAUCUAACACAACCAUGUCAUAUACACAAAAAAUCACUAAUCCACUACCAGCAGCUUCCAGCACGGAUCCUGCACCAUUCGCUAACAUCAACACCCCAGUUCUACAAGAGGACUACAGGCAAGAUUCUCAAACUCGGAGGAUUUCUACCUUGAAACUAACCCAUAACCAGGAUCUAGGAAGUAGCAGCCCCGUUAAUACUCCACAGUUCUCCAAAUCUGUCCAAGUACCAUCAUUUCUCAAAAGGCCCUGCUCACUGACCCCUAAUCCGGUGCCUGAGACACACACAGCAUCUCUUUCCAUUCAGAUAGCUCCCCUUUCAGGACAGGAUCCUGAAAGCCACAAACAGCUACCUGAGCUUUCUCCAGAGACUGCAAAGAUACCUCUUCAGCAAGAGAGACAAAAAUCUGCAGUUGCAGCGGCCUCUCAGUCCUCAGACUGCAGAGUGGUACCUUACGCUUCUCAGUCUCUUGGAAAUCAGAACUUACCUGCCAGUGUGUUGGAGAGCCAGAUAACAGUGAAUGGAAACUCAGGAGGUGCCGUGAGUCCCAUGAGUUACUAUCAGAGGCCGUUUUCCCCCUCGGCAUAUUCUCUCCCAGCCUCACUCAACUCCAGCAUUGUCAUGCAGCAUGGCACAUCCCUCGAUUCCACAGACACAUAUCCCCAGCAUGUGCAGUCUCUGGAUGGCACCACCAGCAGCUCUAUCCCCCUGUACCGAUCCUCAGAGGAAGAGAAGAGAGUGACAGUCAUCAAAGCCCCGCAUUACCCAGGGAUCGGGCCCGUGGAUGAAUCCGGAAUCCCCACAGCAAUUAGAACGACAGUCGACCGGCCGAAGGACUGGUACAAGACGAUGUUUAAGCAAAUUCACAUGGUGCACAAGCCGGAUGAUGACACAGACAUGUAUAAUACUCCUUAUACAUACAAUGCAGGUCUGUACAACCCACCCUACAGUGCUCAGUCACACCCUGCUGCAAAGACCCAAACCUACAGACCUCUUUCCAAAAGCCACUCCGACAACAGCACCAAUGCCUUUAAGGAUGCGUCCUCCCCAGUGCCUCCCCUACAUGUUCCACCUCCAGUCCCACCGCUUCGACCAAGAGAUCGGUCUUCAACAGAAAAGCAUGACUGGGACCCUCCAGACAGAAAAGUGGACACAAGAAAAUUUCGGUCUGAGCCAAGGAGUAUUUUUGAAUAUGAACCUGGCAAGUCAUCAAUUCUGCAGCAUGAAAGACCACCCCCUCUCCCAACAACUCCGACACCUGUUCCAAGGGAACCUGGCUGGAAGCCUCUUUCUAGCUCCCGACUUGGAGAAGUCACUGGUAGCCCCUCCCCUCCGCCCCGGAGUGGCGCCCCCACACCAAGCUCGCGCGCCCCGGCUCUGUCUCCCACCCGGACUGAUCGCAUAAAUCCAGAUGACAUAGAUUUAGAAAAUGAGCCCUGGUAUAAAUUCUUUUCAGAACUGGAGUUUGGACGCCCGCCUCCUAAAAAGCCUCUGGACUAUGUUCAAGAUCAUUCUUCUGGUGUUUUCAAUGAGGCCUCCUUGUAUCAGUCCUCUAUAGACAGAAGCCUGGAAAGACCCAUGAGCUCUGCAAGCAUGGCCAGUGACUUCAGGAAGCGGAGGAAGAGCGAGCCUGCAGUGGGUCCACCACGGGGCUUGGGAGAUCAAAGUGUGAGCAGGACUAGCCCAGGCCGAGUGGAUCUCCCAGGAUCAAGCACCACCCUUACAAAGUCUUUCACUAGCUCUUCUCCUUCUUCCCCAUCGAGAGCAAAAGGUGGGGAUGAUAGCAAAAUGUGUCCAUCCCUUUGCAGUUACUCAGGGCUCAACGGCAACCCCUCCAGUGAGUUAGAUUACUGUAGCACUUAUAGACAGCACUUGGAUGUCCCUCGGGACUCACCAAGAGCCAUUAGUUUCAAGAACGGCUGGCAAAUGGCCCGGCAAAACGCAGAAAUCUGGAGCAGCACAGAAGAAACCGUUUCUCCCAAAAUCAAAUCCCGGAGCUGUGACGAUCUCCUAAAUGAUGACUGCGAUAGCUUCCCGGACCCGAAAAUCAAGUCGGAAAGUAUGGGCUCCCUGUUAUGUGAAGAGGACUCCAAAGAGAGCUGCCCCAUAGCGUGGGGGUCCCCCUACAUCCAGGAGGUUCGCAGUAAUGGCAGAUCAAGGAUCAGACACAGGGCGGCCCACAACGCCCCGGGGUUCCUAAAGAUGUACAAGAAAAUGCACCGCAUUAACCGCAAGGAUCUGAUGAAUUCCGAGGUGAUCUGCUCCGUGAAGUCUAGGAUCCUGCAGUACGAGAGCGAGCAGCAGCACAAGGGCCUGCUGCACGCCUGGAGCCAGUCCUCCACGGAGGAGGUGCCCCGGGACAUGGUGCCCACACGCAUUUCCGAAUUCGAGAAGCUGAUCCAGAAGUCCAAAUCCAUGCCCAAUUUAGGGGAUGACAUGCUGUCUCCCGUGACCCUAGAACCACCACAAAAUGGCUUAUGUCCCAAGAGGCGAUUUUCCAUUGAGUAUUUGCUGGAGGAAGAAAAUCAAAGUGGACGCCCCUCUCAGGGCCAACGAGGCUGCAAGUCUAACGCCCUGGUGCCCAUUCACAUUGAAGUCACCAGCGAUGAGCAGCCCAGAGCCCACGUGGAGUUUUCCGACAGCGACCAGGACGGGGUCGUGUCUGACCACAGUGACUACAUUCACGUAGAGGGGUCAUCCUUCUGCAGUGAAAGUGACUUUGAUCACUUUUCCUUCACGUCCUCUGAAAGCUUUUAUGGAUCCAGCCACCACCACCACCACCAUCACCACCACCACCACCACCGCCACCUCAUCAGCUCCUGCAAAGGCAGAUGCCCGGCCUCCUACACUCGAUUUACCACAAUGUUAAAACACGAAAGAGCCAGACACGAAAACAUCGAGGAGCCCAGAAGGCAAGAAAUGGACCCUGGCCUUUCUAAACUUGCUUUUCUAGUCAGUCCCGUGCCUUUCCGGAGGAAAAAAAAUUCAGCCCCUAAGAAACAGACUGAAAAGGCAAAAUGUAAAGCAUCUGUGUUUGAGGCUCUGGACUCUGCCCUUAAAGACAUUUGUGACCAAAUUAAAGCUGAAAAGAAAAGGGGGAGCUUGCCGGACAACAGCAUCUUGCACCGCCUCAUCAGUGAGCUGCUGCCAGAUGUUCCCGAGAGGAACUCAUCCCUGAGAGUGCUGAGGAGGAGCCCCCUGCACCAGCCUCUCCACCCACUGCCUCAAGAUGGUGCUAUUCAUUGUCCACCCUACCAGAAUGACUGCGGGAGAAUGCCCCACAGUGCCUCUUUCCAAGACGUGGACACAGCCAACAACAACUACCACCACCAAGACCGUGGCAGUGCACUCCAAGACCGUGAGUCCCCUAGAAGUUACUCAUCCACUUUGACUGACAUGGGGAGAAGUGCACCAAGGGAAAGAAGAGGAACUCCAGAAAAAGAGAAAUUGCCUGCAAAAGCUGUUUAUGAUUUUAAGGCUCAGACAUCUAAGGAGUUGUCAUUUAAGAAAGGAGAUACUGUCUACAUCCUCAGGAAAAUUGAUCAAAAUUGGUAUGAGGGAGAACACCACGGGAGAGUGGGCAUCUUCCCGAUCUCAUACGUAGAGAAACUCACACCUCCUGAGAAAGCACAGCCUGCAAGACCACCUCCGCCAGCCCAGCCCGGAGAAAUCGGAGAAGCUAUAGCCAAAUACAACUUCAACGCAGACACAAAUGUGGAGCUGUCACUGAGAAAGGGAGAUAGACUUAUUCUUCUUAAAAGAGUUGAUCAAAACUGGUAUGAAGGUAAAAUCCCAGGAACCAACAGACAAGGCAUCUUCCCUGUUUCCUAUGUGGAGGUCAUCAAGAAGAACACAAAAGGUGCUGAGGACCCUCCAAUAGCCCACAGCUAUUCUAGUGAUAGGAUUCACAGCUUGAGCUUAAAUAAGCCACAGCGUCCUGUGUUUACUCAUGAAAAUAUUCAAGGUGGGGGGGAACCGUUUCAGGCUCUGUAUAACUAUACUCCUAGGAACGAAGAUGAGCUGGAGCUCAGAGAAAGUGAUGUCAUUGAUGUGAUGGAAAAGUGUGAUGACGGCUGGUUUGUGGGGACCUCAAGAAGAACCAAAUUCUUUGGUACUUUCCCCGGAAACUACGUCAAGAGGCUGUGAAUUGCUCUCCCUCCUUCUGUAGAGGCCACCUGCCAGCCACGCACCUGCGUCAACGCGCCUGAAACACCCCGCGGGCCUCCCGUUGUCAUGCCUUACGGUUUCCAAUGUCACCAUCUCCACCUGCCACCAAACCACCAGCAGAGUAACCGCCGCUGCUGUGAGCCUGGGGGCGACAUGGCAGGCUGGCCCCCCUCCGUGAAAGUGUGGAUUCCUACUUCCUGCUCUAAGCUUUGACACGUCAAAAUGUGGGAUCAGAAAGAAAAUCAUGAUAUUUAAAAAUGGUCAAAUAUUUGAGGCAAAAAAAUAUAUAUAUAUAUCUCUAGGAGGCUGUCCAGCCUCUUGGCUCCAUUACAACAUCUCCCCCCAGGCGAUGUUCUCCCCCAAGACGACCAGAAAAUUGUUUAUUGGGGAAUGCUGUGGUUUGCGUUUUCAUAUUCUUAGCUUGACAGUGUAUAUUCUUUUCACAAGUUUGCCUAGUGUCUUGGUUUACACAAUAUGACAACUGUAACUGUACUUUAGCUAUUGUUUGCCUGCACAUGUUGUAAUAUGCACAGUGAUUACAACCUUUAAAGCAAGAGGAGGCAAGUUAAUUUGGAUGGGUGUGAUUUUGCUGAUUGAAUGUGAGUUUUCAAAUAGGAGUCUUUUUCUGCAAUUUGUUUGCACUUUUUAGAAGUGCAAACAGUAAGUGAAUAAGAGCCUUGGGUAAUAAUCAUGACAAUACAAGAGGCUGAGCUAGGCUACAGGGGAAAACUAUUGUGUUGUAAAGUUGCAUCGCUAUUUUAUAUUAAAAUGUAAUGAUCAGCAUCAUGAACAAUGAGCUCUUAGUGUUUUAUUUAUCUGAAAAAAAUGUAAGUAAAAGCAGUGUUAGUGAGAGGUGCAAAGAAUUAUUCUAACAGACACUUGAAAGUAUCUGUAAGCAAUACUAGUAGGUAAGAUUUCACUGUGUGUACCCAUACACAUUUGAGAUUGUAUGACAACAUAUAAUCCAUAUGAUAUGUUGUACAUUUUAUGGAAAUGUAAUAGAAUCUCACACAUUAUUUUAUAGAAAUAGAGUACAGAAGCAUCACAAGUAUUAAAGUUGGUUUUAGCAAGGAUUAUGAUUAAUACAAUUAUUUUUACUAUAAUAACUAUUUUUCUUCUAUGGAACUCAGAAUCCUGGCUACAUUUGAGGACAGGAAUAUGUUGAGCCUGAUUUUCCUGGUGUGUGUAAAAUAUUUCCUAGGAAUAAAUUAGGCACUUUUUAGAAGCAAUGUUAAACCAUUCAGGUUUUAUUUUCUGCCCUGAAGCAGAAAUUUAAAAAAUGAUAUUGGGACCUGGAAGGUUUAAUAUAGUUCACAGUGCCUGAAUUACACAUACUCCGAGAACUAGCUUUGUAUUUCUUAUGACUUUGCAUAAGAACUAUUCAUCUUUGGAUCUUGAGCACCUUAUAGAUAAAACUUUUUAUGGCAUUUCUUUCGUGGACAGUGACUGAUCUUUUCACAAUGUACGUAGCCUCUAGAAUUUUGUACAUAUGUUUGCUCUUUUUUUGUACAGACUAUUUAGUUGUUGAGAAAACAGGGGAGUUUCCUAAUUUGGUCUUUAUCCUGCGACAACACUUUCAGCAGACUAGCCUCUCCUUCUCUCACAGAUCACAAGCACCCCUAGAUAGUGUGAUUCUGUCAGAUAGCAUUUAUGCAAAAAUCUAUGAAGUUAAAAGAUCAUAGAAGCCAAAUGAAAUGUACAUAUCUACUGACUGAUGACAAGGGAAUUUCAUUAGGAAGAAGGUAAAGAAACAUCUCUGAGUAGCCUACCUUGAUUUCUGUCAAGUUCACAACCAGCUUCAUAUUUUAAAGGCUUCAGGUUUGAAAUUAAGUCAACUGCAUGCAGCUUUGCUGAUAAAUGAAUAAUUAUCUUUGAUGCCAUUUAUGAGAAAAGACUUCAAUAUCUGUUGCCUGUCAUAUUUAAGAAAAAUUACUGUUUCUACUCUCUGUAUCCGAUUUUAAAAGAAAAAAAAUUCAUACCUGGCUUCCAGGUAAUUGACUUUGAAUUCUUACAAGCAAAGGUCAUUGUGUUUUUCUUGAAUAGACAUCUAAUAAAUUUUGCUUGGAAGUAUA